AUGUGGACCUCUACAGGCGCUGCCGCCAUCCCUCUGACGACAAGCACGGCAACUUUGAGGAAGUUGUCCUCCCAAAGGGCACGCCCCAACUUGAUCAAGGGUCACUCUGUUUUGAGUGCAUGUCAAAAGAGCGGGCUUUGGAAUUUGGCUCUCAUCACUUUGCAGCAUCUCCUAGAAGUCGGGUGCGUGGUGGACGACAUCAGCUAUGGCAUGACUAUGAAGGCAUGCAGUAUAGCUGCGCAGUGGGCAACUGCGUUGCAACUGCUCCAUUCGUUAAGCUCCAGAAGGUCCUGCUGCAACAACAUAAUCUUCACCACAUGCAUAUCCUCGCUGGACGGUAGCACUUUCUGGAACGCAGCGCUCCGUUUGGUUUGUCUCAUGCGCUGUUGCGGCAUGGUGCCUGACGUUAUCUGCUCCAACGUCGUCCUGAGCGUGUGUCAAACGUCGUGGAAGAUGGCUUGUCGAUUGAUGAGCGGCCUGUUCGUUUCAACGAUGCGACUGGACUUGUACUCCUACAGCGCUACGAUGACGUCUUUUUCUUGGCGGAGGUCUUUCAGACUGCUCGGCCAGAUGGGGCUUUCUGGGGUUCGGCCUGACGUGGUCUGCUACUCUUCCGCGCUUUCCUCUUUCGAAUCUGGUGACUCAACCGACUGGCAGCAUGCUGGUAGCGCUCUUUCGGUGAUGUUUUCGCAGCGGGUCACAACCAACGAAGCUUGCAGCAAGGCAGCCAUCAAGGCUUUGAGUUCACAGUGGAGGGUGGCGCUUGAGAUGUCAGAAGCGUCAGCUUUGCAAGGUCUCAAACUGGAUAAAGGCGUGGCCAGCCUGAUUGCAGAGCGUCAUGAUGGCAUGUGGCCGGGCUGUCUAACACUGCUGGAGACGCCUGAAAGUAGGGACGUCUUUAGCAUCGGCGCAGCCAUGAUGGACCUGCAAAUGCAGCACGAGUGGCACUUGGCACUCGACCUGUUCCAGCAGGCAUCCUUCCGAAGCCUGCAAGCAGACAGCUACGUUCACAGCCUCGCUGUUGUCACCGCUUCAGCGCGAAGAUGGGAGCUCGGGGUUGCCUGCCUUGCACAGUCAGAUGACUACAUCACAGUGGCAGAUGCCAGCCGUUCGUUCAGCACACUCCUUGCGGCGUGUGGUGAACAACUUGCAUGGCAAGCGGCAUUGACCCUGAUGGCCGAUGCUAAACGGAGGCGACUCAAUGAGGCUGCUUUCUGCGCUGGCAUUUCAGUUCUGGCUCGGGUCUCGUGGCCUUGCGCUUUGCAGCUUCUCCUGGACAUGGAAGAGGAAUCUGUAGGUGCAGACGCAGCGUGCUUCAACGCUGCCAUCAGUGCCUGCGGCUCGUCCGCGUCCGCAAGUCACCUGGUUCUGCACCUUCUGGAGGACAUGUACGCCAAGCGGCUCCGCCGCGACGUGAUCGGCUCCAGUGCAGCCAUGAGCAGCCUUUCCCAAGCAAGCCUUUGGGAGCAGAGUCUUGGUGUCCUGAACUCAAUGGCUUGGACCGCAAUCGAAAGCAACUCCAUUGCCUUCAAUGCCUGCUCAAGCGAGCACCAUCACUGGCAAAUGGCCGUUGUGUGCCUAAAGAAGAUGGAGGAAGCAAGAGUGUCGGUGACCGAUGUCAGCAUUUCCACGGCCAUUGCCGCCUGCGAGCGGUCAACGGAGUACGAUGUGGGACUCGCACUUCUCUGGCACUCCGAGGAUGCCGGGAUCUCACUCCCGAUCUUCACUUUUCUGAUGGCCCUCAGCAGGAUCGUGGUAGAGGACGCAGAGGUGAUCCACGCUGCUGUGAGCGAGGCAGCGCGUGGUCUGUUCGGUAGUCCGGAGGUCACGAACUCGUGUCUAUGGCGCCUCUGGCGCCCAACGGCACUACUGGGGGCCUUCAGCGAGCACUUCCAGCAGAAGUUGCUUGAACACACGCUGCAAGACAUGCAUGGCUACGGCAUGGGUGAUCUUCUGGAAGUAGCUUGGGGCGCGGCAGCCUUCGUGUCGCAGCCGGGUCAUCAGAUGCUGUGUGAAGUUCAACGCCAGCUUCGGCAGCUGCUGAAAACCGGCCCGGGGCCGUCGCCAGAGCCACGCUGGAUGCAAGACGUCCUGGGCAUCCUUCGAGCCUCGAGUUUGCGACACGUCCUCUCCAUGCGGACUCUCACCGCCGCCAGCGCUGCGCUGCGCCGGGCCGGACGCCGGCGCGACCGGGAGCACGGCGGUCCCUGGAUCGGAAGGAUGGCGAUUCCCCGGCUCCCAACAAAGGAGCCUGAGAUGUAUCCGGCUGUGGAGCUUGAGCUUGAAGACCGCUUAGUGGUGUCGAAGCCAGUAGACUGGGAGGUCUACGACGGAAGCACGGAGCACCAAGUUUGGGACUUCCUGAAGGAGGCUUUUGCGUACAAUGCCCCCAUCCUGUCAGACCCGGCCUUCGGCUGCGGAUUCCUUCAUCGCUUGGACGUGCCAAGUUCCGGACUCCUGUUGCUGGCGAAGGGCUACGAGGCCUUCCUCCACCUCUCCGAGCAGCUCUCUUCCAAUCGGCUCCAGAGAAAAUAUAUUGGCCUGGCCCAUGGCUGGCAGCGAUCGCGGGAUAUCCAGGCCCAGCUUUACUGGAGGACAGCACCCACGACACGGGCAGGCGGUCGUGGGAAACCAUCCUGGACCAAGGUCAAGUGCGUUGAGCACGGAUCCGUGUUGCACACAUCGGUCAGCGUUUUGGCGAUUGAAAUCAUAACGGGUCGGCAGCACCAGAUCCGCAGCCACAGUGCGCAUGUCGGUCAUCCGCUACUUCGGGAUGGCAAGUAUUCGAGCACAGCGACCUACACUUCCGACAUGGCUAUCUCUCGUCACAACUGCUUGCAUAGACACCGCCUCGUGUUCUAUGACAUUGCAGGGAGACAGCACAGCGUCACUUCUCCACUGAAUUCAGAGCUGGCGUCCAUUCUGGAGCAGCUCGUGGGCAAGGCCGAGGCUUCGCGAGGAAUCACUGGAUUGGCAGCCUCCGUUCGACCGUUCUUGAUCGACAGCGGUGCGGCGGAAAAAAUUGACAUGCAAGACCGACCGACAGACCGAUCGAUCGAUGAUGCUGAUGCACAGAGACAUGACACUGCUCGGGACAGCCCAAUCAAGAGGGACCGACACCGCCAAAGUACAGCAAUGGGAGGUCUUAACAGCGACAUGAUUGCUGGGUGCACCACCAGGACCAAUCACGACAGUCACAAAUCGAGUCACGCAGUCAGAGCAGCCUGA